GGCCCGCGGGGCGGGGACGCGGCGGCGGUGCGGCGGGUCCGUGUCGCCGGAGCCCGAGCGCGCAGGCCCGUCCCGGCGGUCGCGGGGCGGGCGGGGCGCGGGCGCCAUGUGGUUCAUGUACGUGCUGAGCUGGCUGUCGCUCUUCAUCCAAGUGGCCUUCAUCACGCUGGCCGUCGCGGCCGGACUGUAUUACCUGGCAGAACUGAUAGAAGAAUACACAGUGGCCACCAGCAGGAUCAUAAAAUACAUGAUCUGGUUCUCCACGGCGGUGCUGAUUGGCCUCUAUGUGUUUGAGCGCUUCCCCUCCGGCAUGAUUGGCGUGGGCCUCUUCACCAACCUCGUUUACUUUGGCCUCCUGCAGACCUUCCCCUUCAUCAUGCUGACCUCGCCGAACUUCAUCCUGUCGUGCGGGCUAGUGGUGGUGAAUCAUUACCUAGCAUUUCAGUUUUUUGCGGAGGAAUAUUAUCCUUUCUCAGAGGUCCUGGCCUAUUUCACUUUCUGUCUGUGGAUAAUCCCGUUUGCAUUCUUUGUGUCACUGUCGGCUGGGGAGAACGUCCUGCCCUCCACCAUGCAGCCAGGAGAUGACGUGGUCUCCAAUUACUUCACCAAAGGCAAGCGGGGCAAACGCUUAGGGAUCCUGGUUGUCUUCUCUUUCAUCAAAGAGGCCAUUCUACCCAGUCGUCAGAAGAUAUACUGACCCCCUGGGGGAGGGGAUGCAGGGGCAAGAUCAGGAGAGUCAGGCCCUGGGCCUCUGCACUAGGUCAGGGCUGGGAGCCUGGGAGGCACCUUCCCCCAGCCCUGGCCCUACUUCCCUCAACUCUCCCUGAAGCCCCCAUGCCCACCUUCCUCAGGAGGCUCAGCUUGGCUCAGUUCUGAUGCUGCUAGAGGCUGUGACCUCAGAGGGCACCAGGGAGGGUGGCAGAGCCUGCUUAGCAGGAGGCUGUGGUCCACCUGGUUGUGUGACAGCUGAGCUCCCUAUGGCCCUCCUUGCCCACUUCCAUGGUGGGUCUCGAGGUUCUGGCUCAGCCGGGAUAGCCAGGGCAGGAGCUGUGAAGCUGGAGAGCAGACAGUGAUAAGUUCUCUGGGCAGACGGCCAUGGGGAGGGGCCGUGGCUUGGCACUUCCAAGAAAAAUAGUUUUUGCUGUUGAACUGUGAUUUCUGUCCAAGUGCUGAUUCCCAUUUGAAUAAAGAUUCUAGGUGGCACUGUUUGCCUUAAUGCCCUGAAAGUUCAUCUUCCUUUCUCCCUGCUCAUCUCCUGCCCUGGACUGGCCUUUCUGCUCCAGCGGCUCCUUUUCUGGGUUUGGGUUCUGCCCUUCCGAAGGGACAGAGAUGAACAGCUGAGUCUGGUCCAGGGGUGGGGCUGGGGGUGGAGGCCGCCUGUCUUAUACCUCUCCCUCUUCUUCCAUCUCUUCUUUCCCCAAGGCUCUGUGACUGUCAAGCUUGGGGCAGAGAGGGGACAGUUUGGGACUGGGUUAGAUUUUCAGAAGAACAUCUACAGUAUCCUAUUUAUAAGUUUUCCCCUGAGGAAAAAGCAGUGGUUUCUGGCUGAGUUCUAUCUCAGGCUCAAGGAGAAACAAAAUAAAAUAAAAAUGGCUUCCAGGCAGCCUGGGCUACAGCCUGUUUUGUAGGAAACAGGACUGGCAGGAGGAGCUGUUUGUCACUCGAAGAGCACACAGGGCUGGCCCUGUCUCCUGUGUGCUCUUGGCUCCUCGAGGGAUGACUCAGUCUUCCAAGAAGCCUGGCCAGGUCGCAGCACAGACCAGCAUGGUUGACCUUGCACCCCAACUCCAGUGCCUUGCAAGUACUCAACAGUGUAGACUGGAAUGCAGUCCCCAGGAGAGCCAUUACUGGCCAUGUCCUACACCUCAAAGCGAGACUGGCAGGUGCAGAGAUGGACUGCACUCAUGUGGUACCUUUAAGCCACUGGGAGGACCCCCGUGCUUGAAAAUCUUUGCUUCCUGCCUCAGGUCCCACCAUAGCCCUUCAUUUCCUUGGCUUUAGCAUUUCCCAUCCUCUUAAAAAUAGUAGCCUUCCCUUUCCCUGGGAGGAGCCACACAUUUUCACCUUCUCUCUGUGGGAAUGAGAUUGCCAGGCCCUUUCAUCCUAUGCAGACAAGGGAGGACAGGGUAGAGGACACUGGGGGCCAGCAGCUGGCCCUGCUCUACCUUGCUGUCCACAUCUUUGAUCCUUGCCCCAACAAUGUGGCUUCGCCCCCUCCCUUCACUCCACUGCCAUGCUCUCCCAGGGGUUGCCGGUGGCCUUGUGCUAAAUCCAGCAGGCCCUUUUGCUCUCCUCCUGGAUCUCUGCAGCACCGGACAGGGCUGAUUCCCCCCAGCCUCUUGAAUCGCAGGUCCCUGGCACUUCUGUAGCUGGUUCUCCUCCUACCUCUCUGGCUGCUCCUUUGAGUGUCCUGUGCCGGCUUCUCCACUCACCCCAUGCACAGUGGGGUUUCUCAGGGUUCUGUCGUGGGCUCCCUGGAGGAGCUCAUCCAUGCUGAUGGCUUCAAGGACUCUGCCGAGGAAUUGAGUUGACCUCCAGCCCCAGCAUCUCUCCUGGUCUUGUGAACCACAGUUCUGCUGCCUUUGGAUGCACAGACAACUCUCCUGGUCCAGAUGACACGUGUUGCUGUCCUCUGCAAACCUGCCUUUUUUGGGUACCUGACGUGGCCCCAAGAUCACUCAGGAGCCAGAUCAGAAACCUGCUUUCUAUCCCUGCUUUCUCUUUUUGCCUGCAACAUCCAAUCUCUCAAAACUGUCAAGUUUACCUUCUUGACAUCUCUUAAUUUGAACCACUCCCACUGCCAUCAACUUUCACGUGGAUUAUUGUGACAGCUUCCUGCUUCUCUAACCCACCGCCAGAGUUGUCUUUUUCUAAAAUGCAUAGUUGAUCAAGGCACUCCCUGGCCUACAACCUUCCACGGCUCCCCACUGCCCUCAGAAUAAAGUCCAGACCCCUUAGCAUGGCUCGUGAGACUCUUGUGUCCUGGUUCCUGCUCGCCUCUCUGACCUCAUCACUUGCCACCUUGCACUCUGGGUCCCAGCCUCCUCUAUCCAGAGAUGCCAUUCUGAUUCCCCUUUCUUCUGCUCUGAAGGUGCCUGGAUACCUUCUCUGUCAAUUCUCCACUUAGAUUUCACUUCCUCCCAGGAGUUUUGAGUGUCCCCUCUCCCCCCAGCACGCCACACGGAUCACCCUGGGCUUACUUGCCGGCUUACCUGUCUACCUCCCCACUAGACUGUAAGCUCCUUGAGGGCAGGGACUGUCCUUCAGUUUUUGUAUCAGCUGUGCCUGGCUUGGUGCCUGGCACGUAGAAAGCACUAAAUAAAUGUUUGUUUAAUGAA